AAAACAUAUAUAUAAGACGUCAAACCUCGGAAUCGGGGGAUUGUGUUUGUGAGUGACUUGUUUGAUUAGAUUUGCCGGGACGGGAGGACAAGCAGAGUAGACGACGGAGUUUGGAUUGGAAAUUUGGAAUGACGACGACGACGACGACUCGGCACCGCCUCCGGGAUGCGGCGGUGGCGUCAGUGGUGGCCGUCCUCCCCCACGAGAUCUCCCCGCUCAUCAGCGCCGCCUCCACCUUCUUCUUCAUCCUCAGCGCCUACUUUGCCGUGCUGCCGCUGCGGGACGAGGGGGCCAUCUCCCUGGGCCUCUCCUCCCUCCCGGGUCUCUUCGCCGGCUCCCUCCUCCUCACCCUUGUCGCCGCCCCCGUCGCCUCCCUCGCCUUCUCCCUCCCAUCCAUCCCCAAACCCAGGGCUUUGGUUUUCAUACACAGAUUCUUCAGUUUAUCCCUUCUUGUCUUUUUUGUUCUUUGGUUUGCCUCUACCCCUGGGCAUUCCCCUUCUAUCUCCCAGUCAAGCGAAGAUGCUUCAAAUAAACCUCCUGGAUGGGGAAACCACAGUUGGUUCUACAUAUUAGUGAGAAUAAGCUUGUUUCUUUGGGUUUCCUUGCUUAAUCUCAUUGCAAUAUCAUCAACAUGGGCAAGAGUAAUUGAUAUCAUGGAUAGUGAGUCAGGUUCAAGAUUGUUUGGUUUUAUUGGGGCCGGUGCUACGCUCGGGCAACUUUUUGGUUCAUUAUUUGCUGCAACUAUGGCAUUGCUAGGGCCCUUUCUGCUCCUGUUUUCAUCCCUAUUGAUGGAACUUGCUGCAUUGUCAUCGAAAGGAAUCUGCACUGAUGAUACUCACGGCUCAAUGGAAUUGUCUUCUACAAUAGCCGAACAAAGCCAAAAUACAGAGGCUGAUGAUGAAAUGUCUUCACUGGUCACUUCACAAGGAUUACCGUCCCAAGUCUCCGAAUCUCAGAAAACCAAACCUGAGAUUUUUGUGAUGUUUGAAGGUUUCUGGCUGAUUGCACGCUCUCCCUAUCUGAUGUAUAUAUCUCUAUUUUUGUGGCUGAGCGCUGUUGUGUCGUCCUUCUUUUACUUCCAGAAAGUGACGAUAGUUGCUACAACAAUAUCAAGCCCAACUGCCAGAAGAAGAACCUUUGCACUCAUAAACAGCUUUAUUGCCGUCUUUAUUCUUGCAGGGCAACUCACUUUGACGGGUCGUAUCCUUACCAUAGCUGGUGUAACAGUUGCUAUCUGUGCAUCCCCAUUCAUUGCCACAUUGAAUAUGGUUGCCCUUGCUCUAUGGCCAACUUGGGUUGCUGUUGCUGUCACUGAAACAAUUCGAAAGGUAACUACUUAUGUUUUGACAAGACCUGGAAGGGAAUUGCUAUUCACAGUUGUCUCACAGGAUGAGAAGUACAAAGCCAAGGUUUGUAUAGAUGUUGUUGUUCAAAGGCUUGGUGAUGCAACAGCUGCCGGAAUAUACAGUUUGUUGUUCAGCAGCCUUGAGAAGAAGGCAUCCAUGGUCACCCUCUACGCGUUGCCGCUCUGCUUCGUGUGGCUUCUAACGGCAUUUCAUUUGGGCCGGCUCCAGACAAACCUUGUCAAGGUUCAGGUUGCUUCUUUUGCAUCUUCGAUUCCUAGAUAGGUACUUGGUUACCUAUAGUAAGGUGAUUGUAGCUUACUUAAUUCACUUGUAGUGUUCUUAACACAAAUGCUUGAUACGGGGAACUGCUGCACGUACCCACAGAAAUGCAUACUGUAAGUAACCAGAGUGCAGAAAGAAAUAUGGCACAACGACAAGUCAGGUUGCCAGUGGCGUUGAUACUCCUUUUGCCUUGUAAGACUAAUAGAAGAUUUAUCGAGAAACAUUUUUGUUUUCAAUAUAGCAUUAGGAUUACUACAGGAAGGAUACAACAUGCAUAGAGGAAGAAGGAAUACUGUAUGACUAGAUGAAUAACAGAUGAGUAUGUGAUCUCUGCGUCUAUUGUUAGAAACAAUACUGUCUUGCAGACGGCAGUGUAUGUGACUUGUUACAUUGCUAUUUGCUAAUGAGAAAACAAGGCUGAAUUUGUUGGGCAUUUUUGCUUCUUUUGGGAACUCAAUAUGAUCUUCAGGCAUGUACAAUUUACUGUUAAAUUGAUACUAUAGAAGUGCUCUCAUGGCACCUUCUGA